AAUUAAAAUUUGGAAAAAGCAUAAAAAAAUACCAAUUUUAAGUUUUUAGAACUACUUCCUAUGUAGUACGUAUAUGCAAAAAUUAAGUUUCUCAAUUUUAUCUUUGAUAUCAAAUAUUUGGAAAAUAAUAUAUGUAAUAAAAAUCAAGAUAAGAUGAUAAUCAUCUCGGGGAAAAAUAAAAAAGAGUAGAUACGAACUUAAGAACGAAUAUACUUUGCAUGUAUUCAGCUCUUAAUUUAAAAGUUAAUGUUAGAAAAUUUAUAAAAAAGUAAAACUUAAUAGGACAAAAUUUUUAAUAUUUGGGAAUUUUAUAAAAACAAAUUGCAUCAAAAUGAGUAUUGGAAAACUAUUAUUAAAAAUACGUCAUCAUGUUCAAAGCCCAUUCAAUUCAGCUAUUUUAAUAAUAUUAAUAACAUUUGGAAUGAUAUGCAGCUCAUCAGGUGACAUAGCGCCGAAUGAAGAUUCAACAGCAGAAGGGAAUCUGCAUACAAAGGCAGAUCUAGACAUUAACAGUAUUUUAAACAAUAAUAAUAACAUUAACAAUAAUAAUUUAGAAAUGCCUCAUCCUGGCGACAAUGAGAGUACAAAAGGUCCAGCAACAAUAAUAAAUGAUUUAGGAUUUAUACAUGCGUUUGUUGCCUCGAUAUCUGUUAUAUUAGUAAGUGAAUUAGGUGAUAAAACAUUUUUUAUUGCUGCAAUAAUGGCAAUGCGUCAUCCAAGAUUGACUGUAUUUACCGGUGCAAUGUCAGCAUUAGCUUUAAUGACAAUAUUAUCAGCCGUUUUUGGUAUGGCUGCAACAAUUAUACCAAGAGCAUAUACAUAUUAUAUAUCAACAGCUUUAUUUGCAAUUUUCGGUUUGAAAAUGUUAAAAGAAGGAUAUUAUAUGUCACCUACAGAUGCUCAAGAUGAAUUAGAGGAAGUCCAAUCUGAUUUACGUAAAAGGGAAGAUGAGUUAAUGCGAGCUACAGCCAAAAAAAAUAAAGAUAAAGAUGAAGAUGAAGUUCCAACUUCAAGUGAUGAAGAAGAACAAAAUACUAAAAAUAAUAAUAUCAAUAAUAACAAUAAAGAAAACUCAGUUGCUUCCACAAAUAUAUCACCAAUAUCAUCGAUUGGUGAAAGAAAAACAAAAUCAACAUCAAAUUUAUUAUUAAAAUCAAAUAAUAAUAAUAAUAAUGUUAAUAAUAAUAUGAACUCAUCUACAUCAACUGAUGAGGGUAUUGAUGUAAUGGGCCCUUCUACUACAACAUCUGUUUUAGGAUUAAAUAAUGGUGAUGUUAAUGGUGGAGUUACAUUAACUGAUGGAGUAACUUCCACAAUUAAUUCUUCUAAGGUAACCACUGCUGGCGGUGAAAUGGAAUUAAUUCAAGUUGGAGGAGCUAAGAAGAGGUUGGAACGUGAAUCAGCUACCACGGCUAUGGUAACAGAUCCAGAAAGUGGCGUAACAAGAAAAGUACCAAAACGAAGUGCUUAUUAUUUAGCAACACGAAUAUUUAUGCAAGCUUUUACAAUGACCUUUUUAGCUGAAUGGGGUGAUCGAUCACAAUUAACAACUAUAAUUUUAGGAGCUCGAGAGGAUGUCUAUGGUGUUAUUGUGGGCGGUGUUUUAGGACAUUCACUUUGUACAGGCUUAGCAGUUAUUGGAGGACGAAUGAUUGCCCAAAAAAUUUCUGUACGAACAGUUACAUUAGUUGGCGGUGUUGUUUUCCUAUUAUUUGCUAUUAGCGCUUUAUUCUUUGAUCCAAACGACACGUAAAGUAUUUUGAUGGAAUUUAAAACUUUCUUGAUUUCAAAUUUCGUCAAACUUUUUUGAUAAAUCGGGACUUAAUUAAAAUUAAAUUGAUAUUGUUUUUUUUUUUACGUUACAUCUCAUAAAAUAUUAUAUAAUUCUUUUUAUUAUAUCUGUAUAAAUAUUUUUUUUUUAUUUUAACUAUCAUAAAAAUUAUUGAUAUUCUUAAAGUAUAAUGUUUGAAAAUGAAUUUUAUAAUUGAAAUGAAAACAUUCAAAAAAGAUUUAAAAAAAAACAAAAUGUAUAAUAAUUUUUAGGAUAUUAUUAUUAAUAAGUGCAGAAAAAUUGUAAUAAUCAAUGUAGUAUUUUGUAAUCAGCAAAUAAAAUAUAACAAUAUAAUUCCUUCACUAUUGAAAAUAAUUAUUAAAAAUUCUAUUAUAGAUCUUUUCGUAAUCUGCAUUUAAACAUUCUAAUAGAAAUAAAAUCCUAGAAUGCCUGUGGCUUACCAGUUAUUUUUUAUUAAAUGAUGUAUUAUGUAAAUAAAGAUUUUUAAAUAUAUAUUAUAUAUAAAUAUAUAUAUAUACAUUUAUAUAAAUAUGUGUGUAUAAAUGUAAAAGAAUUUAUUAGAAAUAAUUAUUGUCGUUAAGAAAAGAAUUUUAAAAAUGA